AUGUUUCUUUCUCGUCUCCUCCGUUUGGAGGUGCCAAUCCCGAGGUUCACCAAGGACCGCUUCUAUCGACGGUUCAACAUGAUUGAGAUGGAUCGCGCCUCGUUCUACUACUGGAAUCUGUUCAGCAUCGCGGUCACCGCACUCCCGAUCGCGUAUAUGACCACGGUAAACUACCGAUUUUGUGAAGAAUCGAUUAUGCUCUCGGAGCGCAGCAAGGGUGGCCAGCUGCCUUCGGAGGUUGAUCGCGGUCUUUUUAACUCGGAGAAGCUUGCGCGAUGA